AAGAGAGAGAGAGAGAGAGAGAUUGCGAGCUGAGUGAGGGCAAAGAAGAAGAAGAGGAGAGAGAGAGAGAGAAAGAGAGGGGAUUCUCGCCGGAGAUGGGAGGCGGCGGAGGAUGGGUGGCGGCGGCGAUGUUUCCGGAUGAAGUGUGGGAGUACGUGUUCUCUUUCGUGGAGGGCGAUGUGGAACGGAACGCGAUCUCGCUGGUUUGUCGCGGAUGGCACCGGAUCGAAAGACGUUGCCGUCGCCGGAUCUUCGUCGGAAACUGCUACGCUGUCUCGCCACAAACGGUGUUGCGUCGGUUUCCGGAGGUGAGGGCGGUGACCAUCAAGGGGAAGCCUCACUUCGCCGAUUUCAAUCUUGUGCCGAGUGACUGGGGCGGUGGGGCUUCUGUAUGGGUGGAGGCUUUGGCGGAGGCUUGUCCGCAGCUGGAGGAGCUUCGGCUUAAGAGAAUGGUGGUAACCGACGACUGCCUCGAGCUCAUCGGGAGGUCUUUUCGAAACUUUAAGGUGCUAUCACUUACUUCAUGUGAAGGUUUCAGCACCGCCGGGCUGGCAUCUGUAGCUAACAAUUGCAGGAACCUAAGGGAGUUAGACCUGCAGGAGAAUGUUAUUGAAGAUAACUGCAGUAACUGGCUAAGCCAUUUCCCAGAAUCUUUUACCUCCUUGAUCUCUCUUAACAUCGCAUGCCUUGAUGGGGAUGUUAAUUUGUUUUUACUUGAGCGGCUUGUAAGUAGAUGCUCCAAUCUCAAGACCCUCAGGCUUAAUCACUCCGUCCCUCUUGAUAGGCUUGUUAGCAUUCUCCUUAAGGCUCCACAGCUGAUUGAUCUGGGAACAGGCCGGUUUUCAGCAGAUUCUCGCCCAGAACUUCUUGCCAAGCUUGAAUCAUCAUUUGCAGGAUGUAGAAAUCUUAAAAGCCUUUCUGGAUUCUAUGAAGCUGUUCCUGCUUAUCUUCCAACUAUCUUCUCAGUUUGUGAUGGACUCAGCUCCCUUAAUUUGAGCUAUGCUACCAUUCAAAGUGCUGAACUUACGAAGCUAAUUACCCGUUGUAAAAAUCUCCAGCGCCUAUGGGUCAUGGACUUGAUUGAAGAUACUGGCCUGGAAGCAGUGGCAUCAUCUUGCAAGCUUCUUAGGGAGCUUAGAGUUUUCCCUUUCGAUCCAUAUGGUGCAGAACAUGUUUCUCUCACUGAGAGGGGGCUUGUGAGUGUGUCAGCAGGUUGCCCAAUGCUUCGAUCAGUUCUCUACUUCUGUCAACAGAUGACAAAUGCUGCACUGAUCAUGGUUGCUAUGAACAGUCCCAAUUUGACUUGCUUUCGCCUUUGCAUUAUGGAACCACACACUCCAGACUAUUUGACAAGUCAGCCACUAGAUGCUGGUUUCAGUGCCAUUGUUGAAUCAUGCAAGGAGCUCCGCCGCCUCUCUCUCUCCGGCCAUCUCACUGAUCGCGUGUUCAAAUCCAUUGGAACACAUGCAGAUCAAGUUAAGAUGCUUUCGGUCGCCUUCGCCGGAGAUACUGAUGCUGGCCUUCAUUAUAUCCUGUCAGGCUGCAAGAGCCUGAAAAAACUGGAGAUUAGGGACUGCCCAUUCGGUGAUAAGGCUCUUCUGGCCAAUGCUGCGAAGCUCGAGACAAUGCGAUCCCUUUGGAUGUCGUCGUGCUAUGUAAGCUUGGGAGCUUGCAGAUUAUUGGCGCAGAGGAUGCCGAGGCUGAACGUAGAGGUUAUCGAUGAGCAGCGAGGAGGGCAGCUGGCAUCUCGCCCUGAUGAUUGCCGUGUUGAAAAGCUCUACAUUUACAGGACCGUUGCCGGUCGAAGAUCUGACAUGCCGGCUUGUGUUUGGACCCUAUAGAGGUACUGAUUGAUCAAGUCAUGGAAUAUUAGUAGCAAUUUGUUUUUCAAGGUAUCAAAUGUUUUUAGCUAGCAUGUUGUAGAGUAGAGCCUCAGUUUUUCAGUGAUGUUGAAUUCAAUAAGGGCAUGUAUGUGACUUGUGUGAUCUUUGUAGUAUGAUUAUUUAGAGGAGCUCUAAUAGAUUUUUGCUUGUUCCCUCAUAGUUUCAUGUACAUGAGGGUUAUUUAAUUCCAAUGGUAGUCUACUUUGCUAACAAUAUACUUUCUCCUUUGGUAAUUUUGAAUUUUAACCCUAUGAA